AUGCCCUGCAUAAAUUUACCAAUAUUGUCCACAAUUUCUCUUAAGUGGAAUUUUACUUCACUAAGUUCUCAAAAUUACAAACUUGGUUCAAGACGAAUUAAUCAAGUGCACGAGUUGUCAUUGUGGCAUUUGUCUUCACUUGUGUUGGAUUGGGGCAUGAGUGCCACGCUAAUUCAGUCGAAUUUGGACGAAUUAGAAGGCAAUAUUAGGAGGGAUCCAGAGUCCUACUUACCUGAUGUACUUGGGUCUAAUAUUCCUAUAAUUCAUUUAGUUCGAGAUUCAAUACGAAAAUUACAGUUCUCUGGAGGCCACGCCUAUUUGAAGGCGUUUAUAAGACUACGGUUGAGGAAUUUUAUAACGCUGCAACAGUCUGUUGACGUUGCCUUUCGUUUGCAUAGAUGUCAAGACAAACCGGUCCGGAAAAUGCUACGUGGUUUUGUUAUUUCCGAUAUAAAGCGGACAAAUUUGAAAAACAGACCAGAAAAAUCCAAUUCUGUGAUCCAGUCUUUCCUUGCGUCAUCGAUAAAAGAUGGGAACACAACUGUCGCAAAAGAAGCAGUUGUUGUUCUGGUCGAGUUGUAUAGAAGAGACGUUUGGAAAAAUGAGAAGUCAGUUAAUCUGAUAGCAGAUGCGUGUUUCGCCAAGUCUAAAAAGGUAUACUCCAAAGCGGUUCGGUUCUUCCUCGGUCACAAUGAGAAGUCGACAGAACAAGGGAGCAGCAGUGACAGCGACGCUAAUGUCGGUCUUGACACAAAAAUAAAACAAUUGAAGUUGGGCCACCGCGUGGGAACUAAAUCAAAGAAGCGGGCGAAGCGUCUCGACCGUGAUAUUGACAAUUUAAAGCGUAAAAGUGAGCGGAAGUUGAAGAAGCAAAAGCCUAUGGGUAUCAAUGUUCCCGCUCUCAAUAUGAUUUACGACCCUCAAACUUUUACUGAAAAGCUAUUUCACAAACUUGAAAAGUGCAACGAUCGCCUAGAAAUACGCUUACUUUUGCUUGAGUUGAUCAGCCACCUCAUCGGUGUCCACCAACUUUUAUUGCUGAAUUUCUAUCCCUCAUUGCAACGGUUUUUGCGUCCACAACAGCGAGAAAUUACUCGACUCCUCCUAUUCGCUGCCGAAGCCAGUCACGACCAAGUCCCACCAGAUGUACGUGUUCAUACGCUGUUAGUAUCUGAUUGA